CCUUGUUGUUCCUCGUUCGCGUCCUCUCCUCUUCUGCUCCGCCGGGCCCCUGGGUAUUCCGUUAUGACACCCAAAAGGGUCCGGAACUGCCUUAGGCCUUGUACGAAUCUGACCCCGUUGCCACCCAACGUCACCGGAGACGCGCCGACAGAUCAACAUUACUCCGUCCCAAUAUUCCAUCGGCCACCUCGCACGACCAUCACCGCGACUCUAGCUCUCACUCUCCUAUGGCCCACAGGUAACCCUGGCACACGAUGCAGUGCCCGGUAUGUGAAAGCACGCGCGACAAGCUCUACUGCCCCCCAUGUCUGCAGGAAGGCGUCAACGGGCACACGGCGAUGAAGCACGAGAUCGCGGGGCAGGUCGCGACGGCGCGCGCGACCGCUGAGCGGCUGCUGGAAGGUGGCGACGCACCCGGCGCCACGGCAUGGCGCGAGCUGCGCGCCGCCGUCGCCGCGGGGGAGGCGCGGGUGGCCGCGCUCCGGGCGAAGAUUGCGCGCGUAGCAGACGAGGCGGCAAGAAUACGCGCGUCCACUGCCUCCGCGGCGACUGUGCGUUUGCGGCGGCAGACGCUGGAGGAUGCCAUGCGCGCCGUCCCCUCCGACGAGGAGGUGGCGGCGCGCACAGCUGCUGUGCGGCAGCAGCAGCGCGAGGUCGGCAAGCGCAUAAUCCAGGCGCGCAAGGUGCUUGUGCGCGAAGCCGUCGACGUAUUUGGCGUGCAGCGUACUCGCGACUGGGAGAUUGCUGGCCUCGAGCUCCCGCCGCCAGACCUGUUUAGGGUCCACCCCUCGGCGACGAUCAACGCGGCUCUCGUACACACCGUGCACCUCGUCUCGCUCCUCAUGUCCUACCUUUCGCUCGCGCUUCCUUUCGAGCCCGCUUGGCCGUCGGGCACGCACAUCGGCCGGCCCGUGAUGGGGCCCAACGUGCCGCUGCUCGCGACCAAGAAGUUCCGCGACAGGAAACACGUGCUGUGGAUGUCGUCGACGGCGCCGGCCCUCGCCAGGUCGCGCAAGGGCGGUUUCUCCGUCCUCCGUGGCUCAGCGCUCGCGGCAGUUCUAGCGCGCAGCGCGAGCAAGCACCGCUCGACGCUCACCGCGUUCGCGCUGCUCGCGCACAGCGUCGCGUACCUCGCGUACACGCAGGGCGUGGGCGGCAUCGGGAUCGCCGACGCGUCUGAAGAGGACGUGGCGGAGGGCGUGCUCGUCAGCGCGACGAAUGUGCUCGAGCUUAUCGCGCUGACUGCCGAGAGCUCGGAUCUGGGCGUGCGCGCACACGAGCCUGGCACCACGCAGACGAUGCGACACAUCGGCUUCGGGCUGGAUGUUAAUAAGGUUGUCGAGAGCGUGUUGGCCGCUGAGCGGGCUCGGUGGGGCGGCUCGGAUGAGGGCCAGGAGGAACUUAGUGAGGGGUGGGAUAUGCUCGACGAGGAGAAGGACUCAUAGAGGCAGAGAAGGAAGUGUUGUUGUAGCACCAGUCGACAUAAUCUGGCGUGUGCAAUGUAAUGCAA